CGGCAUAUUUGUACGUAUAACCUUGCUACUAUUACUUGUCACGCCACAUGCCAAAGACAGCAAUAUGGGGCUUAAGGAGGCUUGGGCAAGCAUGGGCAAAUGGGAACGUUACUCCGCCAUACUAGGUGGCGUCCUAAUUGCUGCAGCUGCGGGCAUGUAUGUAAGUAUGAUUGCAUAAAAAUGCUUCCCGCAAGUAUGAAUGUUACGGUAUGUUGCAAGCUGAGUUCCUGGUCUGCAGAUUGACACCGAGUUCAUCAGGCCGGAGCAUUAUAGAACAUUGUGGCAGGAGGAAAAGGAUAGGAAGUGGGCUAAGGACGUGCACGACCUCCUCCGUCCGCCGACAAAGAGCUGAAGAGAAGCAAGGGGUACGACGCCGGGCGUGCCAUGAUGUUCGCCUAUCUUAGACUCAUGUGCGCGCUGUUAACUGUUUCCAUUCAGAUCACCUGUCGUCUUGAGCGGGAGCCUGUCCAGUUCCCAAACUUGGCGCCUAGGACUUCCACGUCACGAAGGGAACCUCGACAUAGCGCGUUACUGCUCUACUGGUGGUAGCGAAAAUGCUUCAGGGAAAGACGUGUGUGAUCUCUGCGCCUGCGAGGCGUCGUUGUAUCGGUACCUGCCCCAUGCGCCGAGGCGCGCUCGUCGUCGUGGCGUAUCAAAAGCUACAAAAGCGCCUCAAGUACUCAGGCGGACAGAAACGAGACUCACCGCUCGUGGUCACGGUCGCGCCAGAUGGCAGCAACGCCUGGCGGUUGAAUGAGGUCGUCGACAUGUUAAAGGAUGGCGCAGUUGGGGUCAUCCCCACGGACACUCUCCCGGCUAUCGUGUGUGAUCUGCACAAUAAAGACGCCGUUCUGCGGAUGUAUACCGUUAAGGAGAUGGAUGCAAAGAAGCCCCUGUCAAUCCUGUGCCCAAACCUCUCGUCAGUUACCCAGUACACGACGGGCUUCCCAACCUCCAACACGCCUGGCGAGCCCAACUGGUUUAACGUUGUUCGGCGCUUGCUGCCGGGUCCGUACACAUUUGUGCUGCCGGCCACCAAGAACCUGCCGUCACAGUGCAUUGACUUUAUGUCGGGCAAGAACAUCCACCGCAAGAGCGUUGGUGUGCGGCUUCCGGCGGACCCCGUUUGCCAGGCGGUGUUGGACGCGCUGGGUGGGCCGCUGCUGUGCACCAGUGUGCACGUGCCCGAGGUGCUGUCAGAGGAUACGGAGGUGCCGGACGUGGGAUCCAUUCUGGAGGCGUACGGCAACAAGGGGCUGGAUUUCGUGGUGGACGUGGGGCGGCGCGUGGUGGCGGAAAGCAGCGUGGUGGACUUCACCGGGGGCGAUCCCGUGGUGCUGCGCCGGGGCCAGGGUGACGUCAGCGCGUUUGAGUGACGGGGUGGCGUGGUAGCAGUCAACGCUGCAUGAAGGGAGUUUCGUCGUACAUAAUGCUGUAAUUCGCUGUUUGGGAGGGGGGUUGGAGGUCCUUUGGUUCAGUCAACACUCUGUUUUUUUGUAACUGUGCAUGCGUGGUUGGUCCAGAUACCGCUUGGCUCGCCGUUUCUGAAAACUGUUGUUGGUGUUGUUCAGGUCAGUUGGUACUUUUCAGUUGCAUGUUGCGUGCUGGACUGCAAAGUUACAAUGAGGAGAAGUACAUAUCGCCACGGUUUGUUUGACCUACACGCCUAUAGUGGUAUUCAGCACGCCGUUGGAAGGAACUCAUUCCUACGUUCAACAGUACACAGGAGCCUGCCAUAGUUGUACGGUUCUAUUGAACAUGCAGCGCAACACGAUGUCCCCCAAAUUGUAAUGUACCGGUACUUGUG